UGCCUGCAGGUGGGGGGGGAUACUGGCUGCACCAGUGACUGUCCUAAUGGGAAAUGUCCGGAGUGUGAGCCUGCGCUGAUCUUACGCUACCAGGACAAGAAAUACUGCGGCAUCAUCGCUGACAAGCAGGGACCCUUUGGAAAGUGUCACAGUAAACUGGACCACACCUCCUUCCUCAAAGAGUGUGUUUUCGAUCUGUGCCUGUACCAAGGCCACGCCUCGGCGCUGUGCAACAGCCUAUCAGCUUUCAGCACCACUUGUCAAGAGGCGGGAGCAACAGUGGGGAGCUGGAGAACCCAACAGUUUUGUCCUCCGUCAUGUGGUGCCAACAGUCACUAUGAGCAGUGUGGCCCCCCCUGCCCGCUCACCUGCAGUGGCCUCGCCCCCCCAGAGGGCUGCGACAGGAGCGCCCCCUGCUCAGAAGGCUGUGUGUGUGACGAUGGAUUCAUGCUGAGUGAUGACAAGUGUGUCCCUCUGUCAGAGUGUGGCUGCCAGUACGAGGGACAGUACUAUCUGAGUGGACAGGUGUUCUAUCUAGGAAAGGCAUGCAACACUCGUUGUGUGUGUACAGACGAUGGAGAAGUGCAGUGUGAUCCUAAAUCUGGCUGUUCAGCCAAUGAGAAGUGUGUUAUGAAAGGAGGCUCCUCCUCCUGUGCUCCCAAAGGGGUGGGCUCCUGCUCUGUGAGUGGAGGCAGGAUGGUCAGGUCCUUCGAUGGACAGGUAAGUUCUUUUUUUUCUGCACAAGUCAAAAAGUAA